AUGACGGUGGACGAGCAGCGCGCUGCCCUUGGCGACCGUCUCUACAUCAAGGUCUUUGAAAUUGCCCCGGACCACGCGCCAAAGAUCACUGGUAUGUUUUUGGAAAUGGACCUCAAGGAUGCCUUUACGCUGUUGUACAAUCAGAAGCUCCUGCAGGAGAAGGUUACUGAGGCUUUGUGCGUCCUGAAGGCCCACGAGUCCACCGCGUAA